UACUUAUAAUGUUAUAAUUGCUUUUAGUUCGAUUGUGAAAAGGUGUGGGUAAUAUUCGUGCAUUUUGUCAUUCAAGAUCAAUUUCUUGCAGGGAUUAAACAAAAAUUUUGUACAAAAAUUUAAAAAAAUUUGUCAAAGUUGCAAUUGUUCUUAAAAAAAAAAAGCCAAGUGAGGAGAAAAUUUAGUUCCGGAUAAAAUAAAAUAUCUGUAUAUCGUAUUGCGGCAUAGAGUGAGACAAUAUAUUAAAUAAUGGAUGAAAUCAAAGGCUUUUUUGCCAAAGCUGGCAAAGAAUUUAUGAAUGCGGCGGGCGAAGCUGCUAUGGGAGCCGCUAAGGAUAUAGUUGGUUCCGUUAUAAAUGAAGUUUUUAUAAAAAAAGAGGCCGAAACAAAACGUGUCCUACCCAGUAUUAAAAAUAUGCGAGUGUUGGGAGAGAAACCUUUAAGCAGUCACAGACCACAUACCGAUAUACAGGAUUUUGAAACGAUACGUGGCCAAUGCCUAGCGAGCGGUUCAUUGUUCGAGGAUCCUUUGUUUCCAGCUAGCAACGAAUCUUUAAUGUUCUCCAGACGUCCCGAUCGUUACGUCGAAUGGUUGAGACCUCAUGAAAUUGCCGACGAUCCACAAUUUUUUGUUGAGGGUUUUUCUCGGUUCGAUGUCCAACAGGGCGAAUUGGGUGAUUGUUGGCUUUUAGCUGCCACAGCUAAUUUAACUCAAGACUCGAAUCUCUUCUUCCGUGUUGUGCCACCAGAUCAAAAUUUCGAAGAAAAUUAUGCAGGAAUAUUUCACUUUUGCUUUUGGCAAUACGGUAAAUGGGUUGAUGUUGUAAUAGAUGAUCGUCUACCUACACAUAGAGGAGAAUUGCUAUAUAUGAAUUCUGCUGAGAAAAACGAAUUUUGGAGUGCCUUACUUGAAAAAGCCUACGCUAAAUUGCACGGUUCUUAUGAAGCUUUAAAGGGUGGGUCCACUUGUGAGGCAAUGGAGGACUUUACAGGUGGCGUUACUGAAUGGUAUGACCUAAAGGAGGCACCAUCUAAUCUAUUUAGUAUAUUGGCGAAGGCUGUUGAGCGUAAUUCAAUGAUGGGUUGUUCUCUGGAACCGGAUCCAAAUGUUUUGGAAGCCGAAACUCAGGAAGGUUUAAUACGCGGUCACGCUUAUUCGAUAACUAAAGUUUGCAUGAUUGACAUUGUGACGCCAAAUAGGACGGGACGAAUUCCGAUGAUACGUUUACGUAAUCCCUGGGGUAAUGAGGCCGAAUGGAAUGGACCUUGGAGUGAUGGAUCACCCGAAUGGCGCUAUAUACCGGACGAACAAAAAGAUGAGAUUGGCUUAAAUUUUGAUCGUGAUGGUGAAUUUUGGAUGUCUUUCCAAGAUUUCUUAAAUCAUUUUGAUCGCGUGGAAAUUUGUAAUUUAUGUCCCGAUGCUGCGAUGGACGGCCAGCAAAAUGCAUGCAAACGAAAAUGGGAAACAUCAAUGUUCGAAGGCGAAUGGACACCGGGUGUAACAGCUGGGGGUUGUCGAAACUUUUUGGAAACUUUUUGGCAUAAUCCACAAUACGUUAUAACAUUAGAAGAUCCCGAUGAAGAAGAUGAUGACGGCAAGUGUACCGUUCUAGUAGCUUUAAUGCAAAAAAAUCGUCGUUCCAAACGUAACUUGGGCAUGGAGUGCUUAACUAUAGGCUUCGCCAUAUAUCAUCUAACCGAUCGAGAUAUGCAAACACGUCCACAAGGUUUGAAUUUCUUCAAGUAUCAUGCUUCGGUUGCUAGGUCACCUCAUUUUAUAAAUACCCGAGAGGUGACGGCACGUUUUAAAUUGCCUCCCGGUCACUAUUUAAUUGUACCGUCCACAUUCGAUCCUAACGAGGAGGGUGAAUUUAUAAUACGCGUCUACUCUGAAACACGAAACAACAUGGAAGAAAAUGAUGAUCACGUCGGCUAUGGUGAAGAUGAAAACAAUGACAAUAACGCUAGACUUUAUCCCAGUAUGCCAUCGCCGGUUAAGCCCGUAGAUCCGCAACGUGAUGCGCUACAACGUCUUUUUAACAGCGUGGCUGGAUCAGAUAUGGAAGUCGAUUGGAUGAAUUUGAAAAGAAUCUUGGAUCAUUCCUUACGAGAUGAUUUGCCAAAGAGUUCCGAUAUAAGCGCUCAUACACAAAGGGAAAAUUUCGCGCCACUGUCAAAGGAAAAUGGUGAAGCGCCGAAUGCUACCACCACCGCUCUCGAUGGUGGUAACAUCGUAGACACAUUGAUUUCACUCAUUUGUGGACUAUGUAAUAAAAAUACUUUAGACGAUAUGCUCGGACUAGAUGAGCAAAAUAACACAGCCAGCCAACGUCUCGUAGAUCAAAUUACUACAGACGACCCCAAUAAUUCCGUUAUGAUAGCCAAUCCAGAAGGUUUCUCUAAGGAUGUUUGCCGUUCUAUGGUGGCCAUGCUAGAUGCGGAUAAGUCUGGUAAACUGGGUUUCGAAGAAUUCGAAGCCUUGCUUACAGACAUUGCCAAAUGGAAGGCGGUCUUUAAAGUCUACGAUGUCUAUAAGACAGGUUGGAUCGAUGGCUUCCAAUUACGUGCCGCCCUAAGUUCAGCUGGUUAUCACCUGAACAAUCGCAUUCUAAAUGCUUUAGUACAUCGCUAUGGUUCAAGGGAUGGAAAAAUUGCAUUUGAUGAUUUUCUUAUGUGCACCGUCAAAAUCAAAACGUAUAUGGAUAUUUUUAAGGACAAAGACACAGAAAACACAGAAACUGCUACAUUUACUAUGGACGAAUGGAUUGAAAGUACAAUCUAUUCAUAAUUUUUUUUUUGCGUUUGCUUUUUUUUUCGAAUCUAUUAUAUGUACAAAAUAUUUCAAAAAGAAUCCAAAAAUAU